AGAGAAGGGACAUGUUAGAGGCUGGCAGGGCCGCGGAGCUGCUCGUCUAGACAGGGGGUAACGGGCACCCUUUCAGAGAUGGGCAACGGCGCCCAACGAGAAAGGACGCGGAUCUGAGCUGAGUAGCUACAAACCGGACUUGGUGUAUUGCUCCCGGACGUCCAUAUGCAAGAGUUAUUUCAUGUUUGAAAUGUGGGAGAUGGUGGCGUUACCAAGAGCGAGCUCUCCCUUCCUGUCGUCUAGGACAAGAUGGCAGCAAUGCAGGCGAACUGUGCAUGGGAUGGAUUUAUAAGUCCAUAACAUGCUCAGAGAAGCCCUGGAUUAUACUUAAAGUGACUCUAUGUGAAGGUAUGGCCUCACAAGUCUUGGUCUACCCACCACACAUUUAUCAAACCCAGACAAGUGCCUUUAGCAGUGUGAAGAAACUCAAAGUUGAGCCCAGCAGCUGUGUGUACCAUGAGAGGGCACAUCCGCGAACCUUUCUGAACAGCAGAACCGUUGGCAUUGCACACGCGACCAAACAAGCCCAUUCAUUUGUGAACCGAGACUUAGCAGUGGGCCUGAGAGUACGUGGAGGACAGCAGUAUCCGGUGCAGACGGUUGUGGUUCGUGGCGUACAAAGACAGCAGCCUGGUAAAAGAAGAGGGGGACCAGGCCCACUUGCAGCCCAGCAGCAGCAACAGGAGGCGAGGGUCGUCGACUCACAGGGCAAGGAGCAGCAGCAUCAGGCGGUUGAAGAAAGUGGGAGCAGCGGUGGAGCAACAGGAGCAGGAGGAGGGGGAAGGGGAGAGGGCUGCAGUGGGGGAGUUGAGGAAGAAGGAGAGGGGGAAGAGGGUGACAGAGAGGAGAACUGUGAAAGUUUGAACUCAGCUGACAGCUCUCAACGAUGUGGGCUGAAACGUAAAAGUGAGGACCUGGAUAACCGAGGGAGCACCAUGCAGAUUGUGGAGGAACUGUCUAUGUUGCCUGCCAUGUUGCAAACGACGAAUGUGGGGAAUGCAGCCGUUACUGCGCCGACGGCUGUUGGGGCUGGGGGAGGCCCCUCCAAACAGGGUGUAGGGCAUGGGGGUGUAUGUGCAACUGGAGGGACAGGAGGAGGUGAUGGGGACUAUCAGGUAGUACAGCACGAAGUCCUGUGUUCCAUGAAGAAUACUUACGAAGUGCUAGAUUUCUUGGGUCGAGGCACAUUCGGCCAGGUAGUGAAGUGCUGGAAGAGGGGAACUGGGGAGGUUGUGGCUGUGAAGAUCCUGAAGAACCACCCUUCAUACGCAAGGCAGGGUCAGAUUGAAGUUGGGAUCCUUGCUCGCCUGAGUGGGGAGAACGCUGAUGAGCACAACCUGGUGCGGGCCUUUGAAUGCUUCCAGCACCGCAGCCACACUUGCCUCGUGUUUGAGAUGCUUGAGCAAAAUUUGUAUGAUUUCCUGAAGCAGAAUAAGUUCAGCCCGCUGCCAUUGAAGGUGAUAAGACCGGUGCUACAGCAGGUAGCUACAGCUCUGAAAAAAUUAAAGAGCAUGGGUCUGAUUCAUGCAGACUUAAAGCCAGAGAACAUAAUGCUGGUGGACCCAGUGAGGCAGCCCUAUAGGGUGAAGGUCAUAGACUUUGGCUCAGCCAGUCACGUGUCCAAAGCUGUGUGUUCGACGUACCUUCAGUCUCGGUACUAUAGGGCUCCAGAGAUCAUUUUGGGAUUGCCGUUUUGUGAAGCCAUAGACAUGUGGUCCCUUGGUUGUGUGAUUGCUGAGCUUUUUCUGGGCUGGCCUCUUUACCCCGGGGCCUUGGAGUACGACCAGAUUCGCUACAUCUCGCAGACACAAGGUUUGCCAGGCGAACAGUUACUGAAUACAGGGACAAAGACAGCACGGUUCUUUUGCAAAGAGCCGGACUCGCCUUAUGCAGCAUGGAGACUGAAGUCAACAGAUGAACAUGAGACGGAGACGGGAAUGAAAUCAAAGGAAGCGAGGAAGUACAUCUUCAGCUGUUUGGAUGACAUAGCGCACGUGAACUUGAUGAUGAAUCUGGAAGGUUGUGACUUGUUAGCGGAGAAGGCUGACCGGCGGGAGUUUGUGGGCCUGCUCAAAAAGAUGUUGCUGAUCGAUGCAGAAGAGAGGAUCGCCCCUGCUGAAGCGCUCAUUCACCCAUUUGUGACGAUGCAGCACCUGCUCGACUUCCCCCACAGCAACCAUGUGAAGUCGUGUUUCCACAUCAUGGACGUAUGUUGGACCCGUCCCACUGGGUAUGAGGCUGCCAACAGAAAUACAGGUCCUUUCGUUAGACCUGUAACUACAACCACUGCUGCCUCAACCAACCUCCCCUUCAGUAAGAUCCCAGCUGUUCACACUCAAGGUUUAGUUCCAUCUGCGCCGUCAGUAAUGCACCAUGGGAUACCGCUGCAGACUGGUGGUGGUCAGUUUGGAUGCAAUGAUUCGUUUCAGCAAGCUCUCAUUCUGUGUCCCCCGACAAUACCAGGUAUCCCCACUAAUACUGCUAAACCAGCUGGCUACUCUGUCCGUAUGGAGGCCUCUGUACCUCUGGUCACUCAAACAACAUCAAUCCAGCCAUUGCAGAUCAGACCUGGAGUCAUCACUCAGGCCUGGUCGAGCCGUGCCCAGCAGAUCUUGGUGCCCACUUGGCAGCAGGUUACAUCUGUCCCCCCACCAUCAACCACACUGGCUUCUGACACUGUGACUGGCACACAGAGAUUAAGUGACUGGGGGAAAGUGCGUCCCCAUGGUAACCAUUUCAGCUCCAUGAUUGCACACCCUCAGCCAUUCCUAACCAACCAAAUGACCAUGUCCACCCACCAGCCAGUCAACAUAGGCAUCGCACAUGUGGUGUGGCCACAGCCAGCGGCAAACAAGCGAGCAAAGCCUUGUGUGAACAGGGGCAGCAACACCUCCCAAAACACAAACAUCCAAAAUGUGGCAUGCCAGUCCCCAAAAAUGGCCGACACAGCAAAGAAUGUGGAGGAAAUUGAGGAGGAGGGAGCCAGAUGUCAAGAAGAAGGGCGCGCCAUAGGAGAGGGGCGAGCGGAGGAUCAGGUCGAGGAGGACGAUGAGGAGAGCUGCUGUAAAGUGGAGCCAGACUGCGAGGAGCUCUCGGUUUCGCAGGAACAGCGGCAGGAAAUGUUGAUCUCUGGCCUUGCCAGUCCAACUGUUAGUGUCAUCAGUAUCAGCAGCGAUGAAGAGGAGGAUGCACAAAGACACUCAAUGGGGGAGUGUAAGGGCAGUGCAGAUUGUGAAGCAUGUCAGAGCACCAUCAGUAUGGAGAGAGUAUGUUCUCUUAGCAGUCCAGACAGCACGCUCAGCACCAGCUCUUCAGCUUCAGCCCAGUCCAACAACUCCCCAUGCAAACAACCCAAUAGCAUGUCGGAUGACGAACAGGAGAGCGGUUGUGACACGGUGGAGAGCUCGCCUGCCUCGCACAACUCUGGCCACAGCAGCAGUCCCUUUACCGAGCGCCGCUACAUCGCCAACAGCAACCAGAACUGUGAGCCGCGUGUGGCGUGCGUUGCCCCUGAAACUGAGCCCAGCAAGCCUACAGUACGCACCGUUGUGGUGCCUCCAAUGCGGGUGCAGAACAAUAACAACAACUGUUCUAUCAGCGAAACACCUGGAAACACAGAGUCUUCGUGCCACUCCAAAGGGCGAGGCAUUCCUGGGCGACAGCAUCACCACUCCACACCGCUCCUCAACAGGCCUCAGAAAAUCGGCCCCGUGUUCCAGCCCCAGCAACAGCAGCCUAUAGGCUUUGGGCAGGUCCAGCAUUUCACUUCAUGCCACCAAGAAUGGAACGGGAACUUUGCCAACCGGCGACCACAGGCGUACAUCCCUCCCACCAUGCAUGGGCACACCUUCACACUUUCCCACAGCAGUCCAAACCACACAACAGGCGCCCACCCCCACCUUGGGGGCCACCCGCAUUCUCAGCCUACCCUGUUGUCGUACCCUCCGUCUGGCCCUCUGGUUACAGCGGCCCCCGUGGCCCACCUGCUGGCUUCCCCUGGCACCUCCCGCCCCGUCCUCCAGCCCACGUAUGGCAUAUCCCACCCGGCAGGCAUUGUGCACCAAGUGGCAGUGGGUAUCAACCCCCGGCUGCUCCCCUCCCCCACCUUGCAUCCACAGAGCCAGUUCAAGCCCCUUUUCCCCCCGCACUCUUACAUCGCCUCGCCUGCUUAUGGCAGUUUCCCCCUCAGCCCCACCAAACUAAACCAGUACCCCUACAUCUGAGUGUGGCUCUGGUACCUUUCCUACCACCUGGGGGCUAAGCAGGGCAGCAUCCCAUCCUAAACCACAAACAACAUGGUUUUCAUUUCUAAUAAAAAACCAUGGCACAACCACAGAGAAAACAAGCUAUUUUUUGAAUCAUGUCGACUUGGUUGUAAUUGAACUUUUAAGCUUUAAAAAAAGAAGAAGAAAAAAAAGAGUUCCAACGGUGGAGAUGAUCUGGCAAAAAUUAAGAAGGAAAUAAUGUAUGAAUGAUUGAAUGAUAGAAUGAAUGAGUAGUUAAACUCACACUUAAUGUGUUUUGCACAUUUGAUAUAUCUUUGCAUUGGAUCUUCUACGAAUACUCCUCAAGACAGAUGAAUAAUUGGGGUGUUGUUGAAUAGUUAGAAAACCCCCCGGUCCCAGCUAUUUUUCUACAUUGCCUUCUUAUGUGUGCAAGACACAUCCAUAUUUGUAAAGCCAUCCCAGUCUCUAGCUCUAGAUCGACAGAUGCACAUGUUGUCCACGGUGUAUGUUGUACUGCGUUUGAAGUAUUUGUACCUUUUCGGUGUCUUUUGAUGUUCGCAAUGUCAAGUCAAUUAUCCGAUUUAAAUAGGGUUGUUCAUCACGCUGCAUGUGGUCUUGCAUGAGCAAAAAUGUAAACGGAAAGAUGCAUAGACGUUGCUCUUAUUGUUUGUGUCACAAGACUCGCUGCAUUGUAUAACUGUCCCCAGCCAUAGUGCCUUACAUAUUUGAGGUUGUUAAUGUUACUACUUAUAUAUGACUAUAUUCAUGAAUAUUAAUGUACUGGACUGCAGCACUUGAAAUUCCAAUCAGUCGAUGCAUCCUAUGUGUGAGUAUAUAUAUGCACAUGUGUAUAUGUUCCAUGCAUAGCCUGCAUGGAUGUGAUGUAUCGCGGACAGCGGUGCUUAUUUUUCGGAGUCUUUGUAUAUUUCAGUGUGUAGUGAGUUCCUUUUCUGUUCUUUCAAGAAGAACGGCAUGCUUUGCUGUUGCGAAUGCCUGCUGUUUCCUUAAACACGUUUGACUUUUUUUUUUUUUUUGUCCUCUGUUUCCGAAUGAACUAGUGUACAAAGUGCAAGUACUGGAUAUUGCUUAACAUUUGAUAAUCACUUUCUAUUUAGUGAAACUCUUACUACUAACAGUAUUUGUACUGUUUAAAAACGGCAAUACAAUCUAAAUAGUUGUCUGUUAUAUAUUUCUUUGCUUUUUUUGUCUUUCUAAUUUUAUUUGGAGUGUUUUCACUUUGUUUUUAGAUGUUUAGAAGUGUGACGGGCAUGGCUUUGAUUAGGUAAGAUUAAAAAAAAAAUAAAUGCAAAUUCGUUUUACGGUAUGGAAUAUUCUUAGCC